GAGGGUGUGACCUUGUGUGUGGCAGAUGAGGACAUGACCUUGUGUGUGGAUGAUCUUCUUUGACGCAUAGAGAAGUAGACGCCGGAAGUAGUUAAACUCAAAGGGAUCUUGGAGCUUCAAUUGUGGCCCUAUCUGCUCGUGGUGGGCCAAGGAACAAGUGAGAGUGAAAAUGGCAAACAGGUACCGCGAAUUAUCCAGAGCUUGGCUGACCUGCGACUAUCUUCAUGCAAAUUCAACCUCACAUGAAUUCCUCUUUGGAGCAUUGGCUGAAUUGGUGGAUAAUGCAAGAGACGCCAAAGCAACCCUCUUGGACAUUUAUACUGAGAUCAAUGAUGAAUUCAGAGGGGGAUUUAUGCUGUGUUUUCUGGACAAUGGCAUUGGCAUGGAUCCUGAUGAAGCAGGUGAGGUCAUUCAUUUUGGGAAAUCGACUAAAAGAGCUGCAGAUUCUCCACUCAUUGGACAAUAUGGAAAUGGAUUGAAAUCUGGCUCCAUGAGGAUCGGCAAUGAUUUCAUCCUGUUUACUAAAAAAGGCAACACAAUGAGCUGCAUCCUAAUAUCUCGAACAUUUUGCGAAAAAGAAGGUGUUGAUAAGGUGAUAGUUCCUCUACCGUCCUGGCAUGUCAUUACUAAGGAACCUUCAACAACUGACCUGGGAAAAUUUUCCUUAGAAACUGCGAUCAUCUAUAAAUAUUCUCCAUUUAAAACUGAAUUUGAUGUGAUGCACCAGUUUGAUAAAAUUACAGGAACAAGCGGCACUUUGAUUGUUAUCUACAACUUAAAGCUGAACGAUGAUGGGGAGCCAGAACUUGAUGUUGAUACCGACCAUUCCGAUAUAUUACUGACAGGCAUGAGGAUGAGAGGAUUGCAACCAGAGCGCUAUUCCUUUAGAGCCUACACUGCUAUAUUGUACAUUGUUCCUCGCAUGAGAAUUCUUAUCCAGGGACGGAAGGUUCAAACAAAACAGCUCUUCCUUAGCUUAUAUAGACCCAGGAAGUACAUUUAUACAUCCAAACAGUUCAAAGUACGUGUGGAGAGAGAGGUAAAGGAGUCGGAACAAGCUACUAAAAUAGCAGAGGAAAAAAUGCAGGAGGCCAAAAUCCAGGUGAGAGAGUUGGAACAAAUGGGAGACGACAGCUUGGAAGCAAAGAGCCGAAUCAAACUCGCUCUCUCUAAGUUAGCAGCUUCUCAGCGGGUCGCAGACCAAAGGAAGAAAUUGCAUGAUGAAAAGAAAAGAGUCCUGAAAGUGCCACAUAAGCUGUGCUUUAUUUUUGGAGUAAACAUCCAAAAGAGAAACAUGGAUGGGAUGUUCGUUUACAACAGUAACCGCCUGAUCAAAAUGUAUGAGAGGACUGGAGGAGCCUUUGUGAACCGCUUGACCCAAUCCUGUCGUGGCGUUGUGGGUACUGUAGAUGUGCCAUAUGGAAUGAUGGAACCCACUCAUAACAAACAGGACUUUGCAAAUGCCAAGGAAUACAACAACUUGCUUAAAGUAAUGGAUAAGUUCCUACUCCAGUACUGGAAAGAUCUUGGCAUUGUCCAAAUGGGGAUUGUGAAAUUCUGGAAUGAAUUUGGAUACCUGUCAGCCAACUGGGACUUGUCACCAUCGGAUGGACUUCAGUAUAAGAGAAGACGUGCUGCGGAGGUUCAUGUCACGUUGCAGUGUGACUUGUGCCUGAAGUGGAGAACCCUGCCAUCCAAUAUAGAAAUGGACGACACAGAAUUGCCCGACAUUUGGGUCUGUUAUUUGAGCCCACAAGCGGAACAGAAUAGAUGCCAUGCGCCAGAGCAGCUACCACACAUUCCAUUGGGAUCUCUGGUAAAAGAAUCGGGAUUAUCAUAUGAAAAGCAGGAAUUAUUGGAAAAAUCAAUCCAGCGGCAGCAAGAAAAAGUCAACGCCUUACAGUUACAGAAAUCUUUUCCAAUCAAACCAUUGGCAAAUAAACCAGCAUGUGAUGUAAAUAGCAAGGCUAUUUCUAAGGACAAUUCUGCAUCUGGAACCAGCUCAUUCUCUUCAUCUUCCUCAUGUGUGAGGAAACGGCAACUACCAGCUUGCUAUCACCGGACUUACAAAAGGCACAAGCCUUACAUUCAUGCAGAAGGUGUUCUCCUAUCGUCUGGGUCCUUCAAGGUUCCCCAGUUGAGAAAGAACCAAUCACAAACUCUUCAGGGCUCUUUUAAGGAAGAAGUUGACGCACAAACGUUGAAAGUCGAAAUCCCACAGGCAGAAAUAGAGAACGACCCAACGGAUCAAGGAAGUGAAGAUCUGAUUAACUUUUGCAAUGAGGAUCUCACAUCAAACAGUGACUGCAGGACCUUUCAAGUUCUAGUAAAGAAAGAGCCAAUGGAGAACGAAACUCCUGCUGGGUCCACAAAUCAGUCCUGUUUCCAUUGGGAAGUGAAAAAUGAUGUAACCAUUUCCCUUGGUAGCUACAUGUUUGAGAACGACAUUGCUGUUAGUUCACUCUCUGCAGCUGACAGCAACAUAGAACGUGUGGAAUUUACAACUCCUGCUACCAGUAAUGACACCGUGAAGGGAAUGGCUUCAUGCUUAGGGAGUGUCUUGAGUCAUUUUGUACCUACGAACUACAUUAUAUCAAAGGAGACUCUGAAUUGUAUGACAGCAGAUGAGCUUGUCAAUAUUUCCAUGCAUUACUACUUUCUCCAUUACGAAAAAAGCCUAAGAGAUCGAUUCAAGUAUUCAUUCGAAAGUUUGACUGCCAGAGCCCAAGACAUGGAACGGAAAGUGCAGUAUUCUGAGUUGAAGCUGAAACAAACAAGAGAAAAACUGGAAUUUUAUCAAAAAUUCACUCCAGAGAUAUUGAACAAGAUUCAGUCAAUGAUUACUCUUAAUACCGGCACCCAUUGCAAAUUUGAGGAUGAAAGCUUCGAGGGAUUAGCAGCAAAUUGCAUUGAGGAUGUGUCUUCAAAUAAACAGCAACUUGCAUUCAUAUAACACCCUUCAAGCUGGAUAGCAAGCGUCUCAGAGUACUUAUAUUCACCAGGUCAAAACUCUAAAAGUAGAAGUAAAAGCCUAAUUUAACACAGACUAAGCUUUAAUCUUUGCAUCGAUAACAUGCCUUUUUUAAUGGUUUGUUUUUUGGUACACAAACAAAUG